UCCAACAUGGCAGCCCACAGGAUAGCAUGUCUAGGGCUAAAUGCCCUUUAUUCCAGUGUCUCUGCCCCAAAGCAGGCCAUGAGAAGCUGCUGGGGGGCUAUGGAGCAGGUGAGAGGUUACUAUGUUAACUGGAGGAUGCUAAGAGACGUCAAGAGAAGGCAGAUGGCCUUUGAUUAUGCUGAUGAGAGGCUACGGAUCAAUGCACUGAGGAAGAACACUAUCUUACCCAAAGACCUUCAGGAGAUAGCGGAUAAGGAGAUUGCAGCAUUACCCAGAGACAGCUGCCCUGUGAGAAUACGCAAUAGGUGUGUGAUGACGUCCCGACCUCGAGGAGUGAAACGGAGGUGGCGGCUCAGCCGGAUUGUCUUCCGUCACCUAGCUGACCACAACCAGAUGUCCGGUAUUCUGAGGGCGAGGUGGUAACUUGGGCUCCAAUGGAUGCUACAAGAUUAGAUAUUGAUCUGAGUUUAAAAAGCAGAUACAUCACUCUCCACAAAAGACUGGGAGGCUUUGGUGUUAAAAAUAUAUUUUGUGUGUGCUGAGGGGAAUCUGUCCUCUCUGUGGAUGUUUGUUCAGGGCAGUAUGUUUCUUUAAUUUCUGUAUGGCUGACUAAAUAUGAAAAAUGACAGCAUAUAUAAUAUUUAAAAAGAAAUUGAUUAUGCGACUCCCUGUAACUUAAUCAAAAUGGAUUAAUAAAUACUGUUGUACAUUA